UAAAAGCAGAACAAAGGCAUCCUACAGUUUCCAGCUGUAGGUCAGUUUACAUCAGUAAAACUGCUUCCAACAGACAUCCCAGAACCCUUUGCGGCUCCGGGAAGGACAUCUUUCAAGCUAGGAACGAGGACACAUCAACAAGCGCCCCAAGUGUCACCAAGGCUUUUAUUUGAAGGUCGUGAAAAUGGCUGAGAAUAUUGAGGAGAAGAUCAAGACCUACAGGACGGCUCCCUUUGACGCCCGAUUCCCCAACACCAACCAGACCCGAAACUGUUUCCAGAACUACCUGGACUUCCACAGGUGCAACAAGGCCCUGUCAGCCAGAGACCAGGAUACAACUCCCUGCGAAUGGUACCAGAGGGUUUACAACAGCCUCUGCCCCAUGAGCUGGGUUUCCAAAUGGGAUGAGCAGAUAGAGACCGGAAGUUUCCCUGGAAAGGUCUGAAAUUGCAGACUUGUGUUGAUCAGGACCGUCCACUCAUGGACAUUAUGUUACGUACACUUUUACCUCCGCUGUGUGCCUAAGGACAUCUCCAAACAGCUUUCACAUCAUUAAAUCAUUAUUGAUGUUAUUGGUAUUUACUUAAAUUAUAAACACGCACAACUUUUUAACCUUCAUGCUAAGGUCAGAAGUUUGUUUCCCGUGUCAAUUGUAUACUACUUUUGGUGUUAAUCAAUAAAUACAGUUUGGAUUUAA